AUGGCAUCCUUCAACCUAGUCCGUCCCAUUCUGCUAGUCCACGCCGUCUUCACGUUAUUUCAGCAAGAACAGCAAACAGGACCUGAUUAUCAACUCUGCAGCCCUCCCAUUGAAAGCGCGCGCUCCUAUACCGUGACCGAAGACGCAUAUCAAGCUCCAAAGCUACGGCACAUACUGUCGUGUCUUGUACUUGCCUUCCGACACCUCGUUUCUCAGGAUGGUUUCCAGUACAUCGGUACCUGGGUCUUAAAAAGACGCAAAUUGGUGCCACCUGUGGGAAUCGGGAGGCAGUUGGAACCUUUGAGGAGGUCUUCAAACGAAACAGAAGAAGAACCCUUCGAUGGACGGAUUCUGUUCCGCCUAGGAGGUGCAGGAACUUCGAGAGCUCAGAAAAUGGAGCGACGGACAUGUUUGGGUAUCGCCCGAAAAGCAUGGCAACCUGGUUGGCAUCCCUUCCCUGACGUCUCGCUACUUCAAUUACUGACAAUUUCCAAGACCGCCGUAUUCAAAAAUCAGAUCGACUGGAUCCCGUUAACCACAGGCAGCGUACGUCCCACACAGGGCCGAACGCUUGCUAUCGCGCAAGCAUAUACGCAUUUCCCGGGUGAAGGUCAACCAGGAGACCAGACCCUUCUACCUAGUGGUAACCGUGACCGGCUGGUUGAUUGUAUGGAGGAGUUUGUGAAAUAUACCAUUCUCAUGCGACCCCACCUGGAGCUUUUUAAUGAUCGGUUCAGCGAGCGGAAAGAGAAGCGGAUCAAGGAGAUGAAAGAACGCCCCAAACAAGUAUAA